AUGGCGAACGAUACGGAACUCACUGGAUCGUUCAUUUGGAGCAAAACACGGAAGAAUUUAUCAAAAAUUCUUAAAGAUUAUCAACUACCUCAGAUUGUUCGAGUCGUUGAUGGUUUCUGUGGCAAAAACGAAAACACGACCAUAAGUAGUGAACAGAUACUAGCCUUGCACGAAAUACAUUCAGACCGAGAGCUACUUGGUACGGACAAUUCGGGCAAGCAAGUAAUAAUUCCAUUAACAUGUCCAACACAAGUCCUAAUCUUCCCGUCCAAAUGUAAGUACAAGCCGUGUAAAAUAGAAAAUUUUCAAUCCAUUUUUCCUAACAUACAAUACGUACGAGUGAAAAGCUUGGGGCCUCAAUCAAGGAAUGCCAAUAAUGAAAGCACGUUCACAGUUGGUGACAUAAUACAAAUUCAAAAGAUUGACAGAAAAAAGAAAAGUGUCCUUUGUCAGAAUACUGACACAAAAGGAGACAUGACUCUUUCCUACAAAUCCCUGGCGACUUUUACCCCCUUACUAGACUGCCGGAAAUAUACACUCUCGGAAGUCGUGACAAACUACGGCCUGCCAUCGAGGGUGUGCUUUGUAAGCACCCGUUCGCAGGCCGAUCAAAAUUCGAAUCAGUGCAACAGCGCGUUAACAGGUCUCACUGAAGUAGUCUUUCAUAAAGAGGUAACGACGGAAGUUAAAGUUAUCGCAACUACCGUAGAGGGAGGGGUGGGUAAACUGGCGCAUUGUAUAGGUCUACCGACGGACCUACCCAUCCGCUGCACAGUCGCAGAACGUUUCACUAAAAAUGGCCGAAGUUAUGAAGAUUUUGUUCGUACGCUACAUGCAGGUUUCGACAGCAAGAACCUACGAUUAAAGAUAUACAAUUUAACUUUUUCCGAAAGUAUGGCGACUGUUCAACGGUCACAACCCAACACCUCACCAAGUCCUGUACAAAGUAAUGCGGAAUCUACGAUGACAGCUGAAGUACACGACGAACCUGCACAAAAUCGCCCCGAAGUUAGUGCGACCACAGACGAAGAUGAUUACGUUGACAUGAGCUUAUUUCAGAAAAACAUUUAUGAAUAUAUUGAUUGUGAAAAGAACAAACAUUCAGUUGUUAACCAGAACAACCUUGAUAUCUAUGUCUCGAUGGACAAUUCAGCUCACCUUACCGGCAAUGCAAUUUAUGUAAAUGCUCCAUCAACACCAAAAGUCCAGGAUUAUUUGAGAAACGAAGGUUCACAACAGCAAACACCAUUCAAUCAACCUGAAAUUAAUUCAAAACAUUCACAAUAUUAUGAAGAGGUUAAGCAUGUAUGGAAUUCAAACUCGAAGCAGGAGUUUGCAGAUCAUAAAAAUCAGUUGAUCAAUUUAACAGAGCACAAAUAA